AUGUCCUUCUUCAAGAACUACUUUGGCACCACUGUCUCUCCAGUGAAAGAGAAGAAAGAGGAGAACAAGCCCAUGCGUGCUCUGCCCGCUUCCUGGUAUACCUCUCAGGACAUGUAUGAGCUUGAGCGACGAGCCAUCUUCUCCCGCAAAUGGCUUCUCACCACGCACAAGCACCGCGUCCCCAACUGUGGUGACUACGUCCAAUAUGAUGCCGCUGGCUUCGAGUUCAUUGUCGCCAAGGACCAGCAAGGAGAGAUCAAGGCUUUCCACUCUGUUGAUAUCGCUCCAGUCCACACUCAUAUCGAUCGAAAUGGCUUUAUCUGGGUAAAUCUUGAUGCUAAGGAGACCCCCGAGGUUGCCUGGAACGACGAUUUUGAAGGUGUCGAUGAGCAGCCCCGAUUCGACCACUACAACUUCGAGGACUACACAUUUGACCAUACAUGGGACCAGGAGGGUGAUUUCAACUGGAAGAUUCUUGCCGACAACUACAACGAGUGCUACCACUGUGCGGUCGCUCACCCCGAUAUCCCUACCAUUGCCGAUCUCGAGUCUUACUACGUCAAGACCAAGGAUGGUCAUAUUCAGCACUACGGCGCUCAGCGACCUGACCAGGUCGCUGCUGGCUUCCGAAUUGCCACAACAUACUUCUGGCCCAAUGCUUCUUUCAACAUUUCUCCCAACUUCUUCUUCAUGCAGCGAUUCACUCCUACCAGUCCCACGAAGUCCGUCAUGCGAUAUGAAGUCUACCGCCACAAGGAUUCCACUGACGAGGCCUUUAACCUCAUCAGUGACAUGUACAAGAGAAUCAUGUCCGAGGACAAGUACCUCUGCAUCCACACCCAGAAGAACCUGAACGCCGGUGUUUUCGUCAACGGUGAACUCCACCCCACCAUGGAACAGGGUCCUCUCCACUUCCAGAAGACUGUUCGGGAUGUCGUUAUCGAGCACCACGCCAAAGAGCAGGCCGCUGGUCACGAACUCUGGCCUGCUGAAGAGCACACUGCUAAGGCUGAGCCUGUCACACAAGACAACAUCACUCUCCGGACAGGUACGUAUACUUUCAGCACAGAGACUGAGGGUAUGGAUGCACUACAAGCAAACGUUGCACUAUCAAUUGCUGUCUAG